AUGAAAAAAGCCGAAAGCGCAAGUUGUGAGUCGCUGGAAAAUCCCAGCGAACGGGAAAGUCACCCCUACGAGGUAAAUAAGGCAAACCAUUUCGUGGCCAACGUGGCCAAGGAGGAGAGGAGGAAAAUACCCACUGAUGAGCAUGGCCAAAAUGCGGGGAAGGAUGACACUGGUAGACAUAACGCUGAAGGGGGUGAAGCGACCAGCCCCAAUAACCCUGGCAAUGACAAUGGGCCCAACGAUAGUACCAGCGCGGAUGUGGAAGAUAAAAUAAUUAGGAAAUAUCUGAGCAAGCGGAUGAGUGACAUCGGUUUAAACCCCAUGAGGGGGAGUGAGAGUGGGGGGGAAAGUGCAGAGGAGAAGGAAAAGCCAAAGGGGGAUGGGAGCAGAGGCGAAAGUCUUGGGGGAAACAUGCGCGAAGACGGAGAGGGAGAUCCCCCCAAACGUCGAUCCGAACCGCCCGGCGAACACGUCAACAUCAUCAGCGACAGCAGCAGCGACGGGGAUGACGUGCCGCUUCUAAAAACGCUCAACAUUGAGCGGGCAAAAGUGCACGUCAAAGUGGGAGACAUAACAAAAGCCAGCGGCGGGGACGCUACCUCCAGAAUCGGCGGAGCAAUUGUAAAGAAGCGAAAAACGCACGAAGGGGAAGAGAAGGUAAAAAGUAUUAAACGCUCCCGCAUCAAUGGGGAUAUGCAAAGCGGAAACAAAAACAGGGACGCCGACCCUGAGUCAGAUGCAAGUAGCGAUGACGAAUACUUAAUCAAUCUUAUUAACAGCAACGGUGGUAGUGACGAAUUCCAGGGCAGUAGAAACCAGCAGACUGCAAAAAAGGAUGCAGCGCGCCGAUUAAACGGAAAGGCUGGCAGAAAGACAAGAAUCAGUGACGGUGGAGGGGAUGGAAGCGACUCCUCAGCAGACGACGACAGCACUUCCAGCUGCGAUUCGGACGAACCCAUCCUUGUAAAAAGUAAACUAAAAAAUCAAACGAAUUCUCCCCAAAGGGGGGUAGGCAGUAGUGCUGAUAGGUACGGCGGGCUCGUGCAGACCAUCGCCAGCACUGGUGACAGCGGCAGGGCUCAGAAUAACGGCGUACGUAGCAGUGAGACCAAACAGGUGGCAGCGAAAGGUAAAGGCAGCUCACAAGUAGUAGUAUCUAACAGUAGUGCAGCCGCAAAGAAAAAAAAUGCCUCUUCUAAAGGGAAGGAAUCUUCAAAUGUGCACGCAUCUCCCAAAAUGAAUGCAUCUCCCAAAAAGCAUGCAUCUCCCAAAAAGCACGCAUCUCCCAAAGCGCACGCUGCCCCAAACGCGAAGGGCAGCGCCCCGAAAAAAAAAAAAUCCAAAAAAGAUAAAGCCAAAAAAAAAAAAAAAAGCAGCAAAGCUGCGCAGAAAGGGGGCACCAAGGAGGGGCGGCAAAACGGCGUAGUCGCGAAGAGGGUAAAGAAAGGCAGCAAGGGGAGUGAUCGCUCCAAAAAGAGAGACAACGCCAAAGGGAGAGACCGCACCAAAAAGAGAGACCACACCAAAGGGAGAGACCGCAUCACCCGCAAAGAUAAACCAAAAUGCAAGCACAGGCACAGCAGCGACGACCUCGAAAACAGCCUGAGUCAAAGCAACGACAUCGAAACAGAUUCCAUCGUUAUAGGUACGUUCGACCCGCACAAUCGGACCCCCAAGGAAAAGCUCGUAGCGCAGCUGCUCAUUCGCUGGUGGUACGUCCUACCGGACUGGCCAACGCCUGACUUUAAUUAUGAGCCGGAGCUAACCAAAAGAAAGUUGAGGCUAGUCUCCCUGGAAGAAUAUGAAGAUGAAGAAGACGUAAACAAAGAGGGCUUUCGAAAGGUCUACGAAAUCUCUGCCUUCCCGGGAGUCUUUCGAGACGCUACUGGAAAGGCAUAUGACUUGAGGGACAAAGAAUCCUGCCCCUGUUACAACAACUUUAUAAAAAAAACAGAACUGGAGUUGCUGGAGCUAAUCUGCCAAGCUAUAAAGAACCAAAUGGAGUCUCUCAAAAAGUCCGUGUAUGAUGAGAGCGGCACAGAGAGGACUCUCGAACGGCAGCUCAAAGAUGCAGAGGGGAAACUGAACAAAAUUACAAAAAAAAAGGCAACAAAAACAAAGGCGGAGGGGGGGGCUCCAGAGGGGGAACUCGACGAGGCACCGGAGGAGGCACCAGAGGAGGCGCCAGAGGAAACGCCCGAGAAGACGCCCGAGAAGACGCCCGAGGAUACACCCGAGAAGGCUUCCGAGGAGACACCAGAGAAAACACCCGAGGAGACCCCCGAGGAGUCACCCGAGGUAGGGGGGGAUACAUAG